AUGAACUCCCUCAUCCUCCUCUUCCUCGCCCUCCCAGCAUCCAACUCCCAAACCAUAACCGGAAUCCCCGAAUGCGCUAGUUGUAAUGGGACAGAUGCUGCUGAAGCAACACAAUCCCCAAUCCCGUACUACAUCCCCGAAGCUACGAUCUCGAUCGAGCCAACGGGUACAGAGACGGUGUGUCCGCUGUCUAUGACGUUGGAUACGCCGAGUUUUGGCGCUGGGUCUGUUACAGCGACGCAGACGAGGAGUGAUGGAGCGGGGAGUGAGAGCGCGGUGGUGACUUCACGAGCUUCGACGACGGUGGGAGGAGAGAGUGUGACAGGAACAGUCAUAGAUGGAAAGACGACAGCUCCGCAAACUGCGAGUAGAACUUCAACGGCGACAGGAACAGAGACAGAGACAGAGACAGAGACAGAGACAGAGACAGAGACAGAGACAGAGACAGAGACAGAGACAGAGACAGAGACAGAGACAGGGCCUGUAGCUACCUUCACGGGUGCAGGGAGCGCGAUGACGCCUAGUCCUUGGACUGGGAGUUUUCAAGAUCCAAUUGAGCACAUACUCCGCAACAACCUCAUCUCCAUCAAUCGAUGCCUCACUCAGACCACAACUCACCUCACCUCAUUCCCCACUGUCCACAUCCUCCCGAGCCCGAACCGGCAAGCAUCAACGUCGACCGGCAUACCGAUAGAACAAGCAUCGAGGCGUGCAAGCAAGCAAAGACUGGAAGCGAGCGAGACCCCUCCGGAAGCCCCGGAUCUGGUGCCGCGCUGCGCUGCAGCUGCACUUCGCGAGAUCUGCCGGGCUGGCUGCGGGUGUAUCCGCUGCGAGGAGGAUUGA